UCACAAAGCCCGGUUGCCGUGGCAGCGGCGGGGCCAGCCAGCGGCAGGGUCCCGCGGAGGGUCUCUGAGGACCUCACUGCGGGGGGCAGGCCAGCGCCAUGGCCACCAAGUGGUUCAGCGGAGCGCCCUUCGGGGUGCAGAGCCACAGGUUUGACGUCUCCGCCAUUUAUCCCAACCAGAAGAAGCUCAGCACCUUCACGGAAGCCCCGUACUCCAGGCAGCAUUCCGUGGACGUGUCCCACAUAGGACCUGGGACCUAUGGCAGCAAGGAGACCUGCUUCAGCAAGAAGAAGCUAAAGAAGGAGGUGGGCACAGGCUGGGCAAAGGCCCAGGAAGCCACCCGGCUCACCCAGCUGCCCCACUUCCAGUACCAGGCCAUCCUGAGGGAGAAGAAGCUGCAGAAGGAAAAGCUGGGGCCUGGCUCCUACAACUUCAAAGACUUCUUGGAACAGCUGCAGCAGAAACCGUGCAGCACGCGGGGGCUGCUCAGCUCCGGGGAGGUUCGCUUCCGAGGACUCAUUGGGAACUACUAUCCAGGCCCUGGAAAUUAUGGGGAGAAGGGCAACCCAUACACGAAGCUGGAGGAGAGCUCCUGGAACCGGUCUCAUUCAGAGGGCCUCAUGUGCAGGAUGACCAACAAGCCACCCCCCUUGGCCCAUCAGGGGAGUGGUUUGGCACCGGGCACCUACACCAUCAAAAGUGGCAUCGAAACAUACUUGGCGCAAUCCAUGGGUACCCGCGGCCCCUAUGACACUUUCUCUGGUGACCGAAGCAAGCCCCAGCCUUACGGACAUUACUCUGUGCAGGGAAAAACCUGCAGGGAACUGAUGAAUUUCAAGAGUUUUGUGGAAGAACUUAACUCACGUCACAAUCAGAAGCGUGGGGUUUUUUCGAAAGUUCCCCGCAACCCAAAAACCCCUCCAGAGAGAAUUUACUGGACCACCCUUAGCCAGUGCCCCCGAAAACUAGCCACGUCUGGUCCCGGGAUGUGGCUUCCUUCAGAGAAGGAGUGCAGACAGGUCAACCAGCCACCGUUCCUGCUGUCCUCCAAGAGGAUGGGCAUGAAGGCCUACCAGAUGCUUGUGGGAAGCUGGAACCCGGUAGGUGUGGGCCGCUACCUCAACCCCUGGCUGAUGGAGACAAAGGACCGACGGCAGCGCUAUCGGUCCCUGUACCUGAGUGGGUCCAAGCGCUAUCCCUCCAACCCGGCCUGGGACAGGCUCUUGCAGGAAAGGAUCACGCCUUUUACUAAGGGAAAGUGCCCUCCAACUGUGGAUUACAACUCAGAUCCUACUCCUUAAAGCCACACGUGAAGGACAGCAUGCCGUGACCGGGGGGCCCAGAGGCCUGAAGACAAAUCUGGGGAUGGGAGGGUAGGAGUGGGAAUGGGGGAUCUUGGAGAAAGGACACAUGGGAAGGCCUGGAAGAGGGGGGAGAUGUGGCGGGAUCACUUUUGCUGGAGCCGUCUGCCUGGGGGUCAUGAUGUCUGCUGUGACAGCUGGGACCAGAUGUAUUUUGACAUGAGAGAUCAAUCAUCCUGAGAAUUCAAAUCGGCCAAUGACGUGAACAUGAUGCACUAAAGGAGUGGACUGUGGUUGACACUCCUGGAACCCUUCUAUUCUAAAGCCAAAGUGCUUGACUCUCUUUUCAUUAAAAUCCAAAGAGGGGCAGGAGAGUGUCGCAUAUGUCAUUAGCAGCUGCAGGCCCCCUCCAGGAGUACUCCAUCUCUGUCCCGGAUGCUUCUGGGAGUUUGGCAGGGUCUCAUGCUAUGAGGAGGCUGCUGACCUCCAGGCAGUGUGUGGCCAUAGGGAACAAUCAACUCCACGCCCAGGUCAGCCUCAUGGGCAUGCAGUCUAGCCCAGAGCGGGUCUGUGGGGGGUGGUCACCUGAUCCUGAGCUCCUUCCCUCACUGUUUUUGUCAGUGAGACAUUGGGUGGGUUGGCAGGAGUCUGUUGUCUCUAGAGAAAAGGACACUGGCACCCCACAGCCUCAGUCACAAAACUCACAUAAUGAUAAAAAAUACUUCAAAUGCUCUUCAGAGCAUGAGUGCCUUACAGAAAGCCAUUACUUUCUCACUCACGUCGAAAUGACGGCUUUGGGAUAAAUAGGACUGUCUUUAUCCACAGACGGCAUCUAUGUACAAAAAAUCUUACUGAAUCCUCAGAAAAGCUGAUGACCCAAACUAGAUGCAAACUAGAUCUAAUAAGUCAGUUUAGCAAGGUCUUAGGAAAUAAGAUCAAUAUAUCAACAUCAACUCUUUCUGUAUACUAGCAAUAAACAAUCAAAAAUUGAAAAUUUAAAGUGCGUUUUAUAAUAGAAUCAAAAGUUGAUUCAUCAGCUUUUCUGGGGAUUCAGUAAGAUUUUUUUGUACAUAGUGUUAAAAUUGGUGAAAUUCAAGUAAAGUCUGUGUUUUAGUCAAUAUUAUUAUGCCCAUGUUAAUUUCUUGGUUUUGAUCAUUUCAGUGUGGCUGUGUAGAAGAUGUUAAUGUUGGAGGAAGCUGGGGGUGGGGAGUAGGGAACUCUCUGUACUAGCAUUGCAACUUUUCUGUAAGUCAAAAAUUAAUUCCAAAUAGAAAGUUAAAAACUACGUGCAAUAAAACUUUUUUAAAAAGAUCGCUUUGCCUUAUAGAAUAAGUACAUUUUUCCCCAAUAUAUAUGUUAGCUGUCAUAUUUCUGACAGUCACUGUCACCAUAGAGAAGGUCAGCAAAUUUGGAAUGCUGGCCUUUCUGUAAGACAAACCUGUGUAACAACUUUAAAUCAGGCAAUUCUUGUAAGUACUUUGCCAUGAGGUACCAAUGAACUUCUCUGUGUUACAAAAGUCACAAGUGCUGAGAAGGGACAUCCGGCAACAGUGGAGUGACAGCUUCUCUGGCCGCCAUGGAAGGGCCACGGACUUCACACCCCUCAGGAGCCACCCUCAAGCUCUGAAUCGGGGAUGCUGGAGUAUAAACACCCAGCUGCCUCACCCCUUGUGGGGUACGACUUCAACGGGUGUGUUCCACACCACUUUGAGUCUCGCAGUGCAGGAAAUCCACUUGCCCACAGUGGUGACCUGUUGAUAAUGCUGUCACCCCUUCUUCAUCCUCCUACUGGUGUUUUCUUCACCUCCCAAAUAAGCUCCUUGCGCUCAAAUCCUUGUCUCGGCGUCUGCUUCUGGGGAAAUCCAAAUCAAAACGAGCGCUAAUAUUUUCUCCAGCAUCCCUGUGGUUCACCUUGCCAGACCCCUGGUUUGGGCAUCUCACUUUUGAGACCACUGCUCUACUCCACGACAGUAACUCCGUCUGUCUGUCUAGCCUCUCCUUGCACACCCACCCCCACGCCGGCCCCUCCCAGGGCAGGGCAGCCAGGAUUGUAAAAGCAUCCUUUGGAUGUUGAGCUGAAAUCUGACUCCUUGUGACCUUUGCCCUUUUGCCUGGGUUGGGCCAUGAGAGGACAUGGAGACCCGAGGUUGGUUAACUUGGCUCUGCUGAGGCCUCCAGCAACCUUCAGGGAAGGAAGUCAGGAGGGCUGGCCAUAAUGGCUGGGCUCCUGGUCCCACCCAGCUUGAACCACAGUAGCUCCAUGUUUUUUAUAUGUUGGACUUUUCCUAAAAGCUUUUGUUUGGAAAAAAAGAGUUCCAUGGGGCCGGGGAGUGGCAGUGGUGGGGAGUCUAACCACUACCAAUUCUAGUUCAGUCUCUUGCCAGAAUCUGCAGAAGACUGGGUUGAGCCCUUUGGCAUUUAAAUCUUAUGAAAGUAACCUCAGGUUCUGGCAUUUCUGUGGUUGCUUAAGAGGAUCUUUGAGCACAUAGUGCCGUAGACUAGAGAUGCGUCUGCCUCCGCUCAACUCAGAGAGAGCUUCGCUGUGCCCUCAGGGAACUCACUUGACCUUUCUUGAGCUUCGCUUUCCUCAUCUGUAAAAUGGGAAUACAAAGGGACCUGCCUUGGUUACAUGACUGUGAGGACUAAAUAAGAUAUUCUAUGUUGUGUGCUACUCAAAUGCAAGGUGAUAUUUGAGGCUUAAACUGCAAAAUGUGUUCUAUGGAACAUUACAGAUUUUUUCUCCUUUAAGGAGAAUUCACAAAAUCCAGAUCUGAGAAGCUGAACAAUAGGAAAAGGAAUUUCCUAAAGGGCUUCUCUCAGAUAACUGUAGGAUGCGAUCCCCACGUCACACAAAAUAAGAAAAUGUCCACUGUGGCUACUGCACAUUUUCAUCAAACUUCACUGCACUGAACUCAGCUCGCGCAUCUCUGCCCCUUUAAGCUGGCAACUCUGUAACAACCAGGGCGAGCUAAGCUGCUCCAACCAAUCGUCCCAAAUCCGCAGCGACCCAGCUUCCGUCAAGGCUCCCUUCCUGCUCCAUCACAGCCCAGGCCAGGGCUCAGGUGGGCUCCCUCGCACUGCGGCUCUGCCCCGGCCUGUGGCCUGGUUGUCGUUUGCGCCCAGCUAACAGGAGGGGAAGAGCCAGCAGAGCCUCUCAUGGGAGCUUCUUAUCACUUCUGUUCACAACCCAACUCCGACACGAGGACGCGCCUGACUGCAGGGGAGCCUGGGCAGUGUGGUCCAGGAGGGCGCUGGGCUGCAGCUGGAGGAAGGAGUUUUAGUGGGCAGCUGCGGUCUCCACCGUUGGUAGGUGAAGUAGUCUCAACAGGAUUCAUUAACUUGCCGUUAUUUGUUAGGUCACAACCAAGUGAGGAGGCGGAGACUGCAGCCUGGAGCUCCUGACAACCGUGUCUGGUGCCUUAAAAAGCGCGGCCGCCACCCUGGUCUGAGCCGCCGUGGCCUCUCACUCGGACUCUGCUCCCGGGCCUCGUGGCCUCCACCUUCCCCUGCAGUCUGUUCUCCACCGUGCAGAUGGGGCAUCCUAUUAACACCAUGCCACAUCACAUUGUGACAAUGACAGAUCGAAAACCAGGGAAGAAAACCACCCAAACCCAACCGCCCUAAGAAACUUGUCACUUCCUCCAUGUUGUCUCAGCCUGCCCCGGGGGGUGCAGGUCAGAGAGGGAAACUGAGCCGGUGAGUGGCACAGCCUGCACUUGAGCCAGGUCUGACCUCACUUUGUGGUCCCCAGAGCAAGAAAUGACAAAGGCUAGUUUCCAGGUCACACUUUUAUUUUCACAGAAGUAGUGGCCACACAGCCAAAGGGACAUGAAGUGUUCUGGACAGUAGGCACGCCUGCGGCUAUAAGAGCCUGCUAGCGGACACUCAUGCCUUUCUCUUGGUCCGCAUGAUCAAGGAAAAAUAUAAAAA